GACCGCCAAAUUUCAACGGCUUAUAUCAUAUGUUAGUUUUCGAUUUAUGAACAAUGAUUUACUUUUUUAAAGAGAAUUGUUUCCGAUUCUCUUCCCUCCAACAUUCUCUUCCAAUCUCUUUCUUCCUCGGAUAACACUUUGAUCUAAUUUCUGCCGCAGAAUUUUAAAUAAAGCAGCAUGUCCAGUAACAAAGCAAUAUCAAAUUUGGAAAGAAAUAUAUCUAAUAGAACAACAACAAAAAAUGUUUCUAUUAACAAUGCACAUUUAGUAAAUGCUAAUGAGAAAAAAGACAGUAUUUCAGUUGUAACAAAAUCACUUAUGGCAUCUAAAUCCAAAAAAGAACACAUGAUUGGAACAUCUCCAAGACCAAAUAGUUCUGGAAAAAUACACAAAACUAGUAUUCAUCAAGAAGAUAUGACAGAUUCAUUAAGUGAUCAAUUGACACCCAAGCAAUCUUCAGGAAAGAAAACCAAUGCUGAGCAAAAGUCCAUUUGUUGUACUAGCAGUUCUCAACGGACUUAUACACCAACUAGAAAUAACAAAAGUAUUUCUAAGAUUAGUAAUGAAGAAAUAAAAAGUAAGCGCUGUAUUUUGUCAACAAAGACAAAAAUACCUGGACAGGAUAAAUCUGGUAAACAAGAAACUUUUCAAAAUAAAUAUGAUACAAAUGUAAAAUCUAAGCCUGUACAUUCUCCUCGGUUUAUAAAAAAGAAUUUAGUAAUUGAUAAUUCUCCCAAUUUACGAUCAACUCCAGAAUCUACAGAAAUCAGAAGUAAUACAAUUUGUGAUAAAAUAAAAUUGAAUAAUUCAACUCAAGAAAAUACUUUGAAGCAAAUCUCUCCAGUAAAAAAUAAACAGAAAUUUCCUAAUUUAAGUGAAAAUUUACCCAGUUUAUCCAAAAGAGGUCAUUUUGAGAAUAAAUUUAAAAGCACACAAUUAAAUAGUGCAGUUUCUGUUUAUGUCAGAGUAAGACCUUUCACAAAUAGAGAAUCAUUAUUAACAGAUAUAUAUAACAUUAUAUCAGUAGAAGACAAUUCUAUUACAGUGAGAACUGAAGCUGGAAAUGCAUAUCAUUUUUCCUUUGACAGUUGUAUAUCACCAAAUACUUCUAAUACUGAGUAUGAUGAUCAAGAAUUCACAUAUAAUAAAAUAGCAGUACCAUUAUUAGAUCAUGCUCUUGAAGGUUAUAACAUAUGUCUUUUUGCAUAUGGACAGACUGGAUCAGGAAAAAGUUACAGUAUGAUGGGCACUGCAGAGAAUCCAGGUAUAAUUCCAAGAUUUUGUAAACAACUAUUUUCUUGUACAUCAAGAGCAGAAAAUAAGAUUGACUAUUAA